UAUCAUCCAGUAUACAAAAUGUUUGUGUGUAAAUAAAAAUUUCCGUCUUGAUAAAACCUAAAUUUAUCAUCUUCACUUGAUUCUGGACAUUCGUGGUGAACACAUCUUUGUGAAAUUCAUUUUGUAGAUUUUCAAAUUAAAGUACACUCAACUUCAGAUUUGUAUUCAAUAUGACGAACUUAGACGGCGAAAAAUCUUCAGAUAUUACCAAUAAAGACACGAAAGAAAAAGUCGAAGAAGAGACACCCAUAAUCGAGCCAAUAAUAAACCUGUUGCAACAACUCGAAGAUUACUCGCCAACGAUACCUGAUGCUGUGAUGACUUCGUACCUUCAACAAUCGGGAUUCGAUGCAUCGGAUCCACGAAUAACACGUAUUAUUGCCCUGGCGGCGCAAAAAUUCAUUUCUGAUAUAGCGAACGAUGCGUUACAACAGUGUAAAAUCCGAACAUCUAAUCAAGUCAGUAAAGGAAAACCGAAAGAUCGCAGAUACCAUCUAACACUCGAAGAUCUCGCUCCAUCUUUAGCCGAAUACGGUAUCGUUGUAAGGAAACCGCCUUAUUUCGUGUAAUGACGCGUACAAAAUCCACAAUAUCUGUGUUAAAACUAUAAAUUAAGUAUUCAUCACUGAGGUUUUUAUAUCCAAUUAAAACUAGCGUAGUUGAAAUUCAAUGUAAUAUUAUGUAAAUAGUUUUCGACCGUGGUUUCUUAGCUUGAAAUUUAUCAUAGUAGAUGUUUGAAGUAUAAUUUAUAACAGUAUAUUUUUCAUUUUAUACCUUUCCCUUGGCUUAUUAUGUACCUAUUAUUUUAAAAAUAAAAUUUCUAUAUCACGUUGCGUA